AUGAGGGCGCUCGGGCAGGCUGUCACUCCUGAUGGCUUGCUCAGUCUGGGGGAGUGGGGAGCUGUCAGCUGGAUAGAUGACUCGCACAUCUGCCUGAGCUCCUGCGCGGUCCGUUGCUACAACAACUCGGGCGCGGGCCCAGGGAAUGCGGGCCGGAGUCUGGAGAGGGCCGUCCGACGUGUCAAGCAAAUGUUAACGACGCCAAAGACCACAGUCGUAAAGGAUUCCACUCUCAGGGAACUUGGGAAGAGGAUGGGGCCGAGCGAUGACGGAGAUAUGCUCCCUAAGCGCCCAGUGACAAAUGUGUGGACUGGAACAAACACUGUCUCGGCUGGCUUCAGGCUGUACCUCUCCUUUUGGUUUUUAUAUUAG